CGGCCUGGCGGUGUCACCUCGGCUCCGACUCCACGGCCCGAGCUUCGCUCCCAGCCCCGGCCUCCGGUAGCGGUGCCUCACCCGGCCCCGAUCCUCUUCCGCGGCCUCCGCAUCUGCCUGACUCCGCUUCACAGGUCGCGGUACGUCCUCGCCACCCCAAGCUGUGCCGACGGAUCGCUGAAGAAAGUUCCGGAAACCGCCAUGGCCGCGAGGCGGAAGGAGGAGGUGCUGCUACAGCAGCUGAACCAGCUGUGGAGUACGCUGGACGAGAUGUCGGAGGACAACCCCGAAGCCUACCGCAGGUUCAUCCGGCAGCAGCUGGGGGAGGGGAAGAAGCAGCUGGCCGCCCCGGUGCCCCACGGCUGCUUUCAGACCCGGAUAACGGGGCCGGGCGACAGGCUGCUCUACGUCAACCUCUGCGGCUGGGAUCGGAUCCCUGCCCCGAAGUCCGACUCCGACCCGGUGCCUCUGGCUGGAGGGACGUUGCAGCAGGCGGUCAGUGGCACAGAGGUUGUCACCGACGUGGCGUACAGCCCCGAGGUGCUGCGGAGAGGGGGCAAGGACCCCGCAAAGACAGACCAGCUGGUCCGGCUGGCCAUGAGGCACGUCGAGGAGCAGCACUGCCUUUGCCUGUCGCGCUCCUACCGGCUGCUGCCGGAGAAACUGCGGGGCAGCGUCGAGCAGCUGAGGCAGCGGCUGGCCGGGGGAGCCGGCCCGGAGCCGGCGGGGGUCCCUCCCGUCCGGCUGCCCGGGGACACCUGCCUCCCCACGAGGCCCGGGCUCAUCCAGGAGAUCUCCAGCACGGAGCUCGAGCCCGGGGGCGGAGUGGAGACCCCGGAGUACGAGAUGGCGGCCGUUAAAGACGGGAGCGGGAGCACGUGCUCGCUGGAGCUGAGGGUGGAGCUGCCUGGGGUUUCCUCAGUGGCAGAAUGUGAACUCAGCGUUUCGAAGGAUGACGUGGUUAUCGACGUCCCCGACAAGUACAGACUGCAACUUGACCUACCUGACCCCAUCAGCGAG